AUGUGGACACCGGCGUUGGAGUGGAUAUCUUACGGAUACAAGGACCGGGACGCCAAGAGAGCCGCCGGCAGCGGUGAUCCGAUUUCACGGCAUGUGGCAUGUGGCAUGGCGGAGGCCAAGACGAAGCUCAACAACUCAAGGCCUUACCAGCGGCUGAUCAGGGAUAGAUGGCAGGGGAGUCCCUCUAAGCGGGUCAUCUAA